GUCGGCUUUCCUACGGCGGGCGAUCGAUCUCCUUGGCACCAUGUUUAGCUGGUGACAACUGCAACUGUCUCUCGCUCCGCCAACAUUUUUUCGUUUCAGGGAAUGGAGAUCGUGGAGUGUCAAAAUCCCCUCUGUCCUUAAAAAAACAAAGGGGAAAACCCUCUCUCCGGCACCGCGAUAAAACGCACAUCCCUCUCUCCAUCCCUACGGCUAUAGAAAGAUUCUCUGUGGAACCGCGAACCAGGAAACCAAUUAAAUGGGCCAGGAGGGGAUCGAAUUCAAGACGCCUGGGAGGGAGCGAUCCGGCCUCCCCACCGCCCGAGCCAGCGGCAGGUCUCGCCGGCGGCAGAUCAAGAAGACCUUCAACAACCUCAAGAUCACCGUCCUCUGCGGCCUCGUCACCAUCCUCGUCCUCCGCGGCACCAUCGGCGUCGGCAACCUCGGCGGCCCCGCAGACGCCGACUCCGACCAGAAGGUCGUCGAGGACAUCGACCGCAUCCUCCGGGAGAUCCGCUCCGACUCCGAUCCCGACGACGAGCCUCCUCUCGACUCCACUGCCUCCAAUUCUACCACCUCCGCCGCCGCCAACGUGACCACCGCCGCCAAGAACUACACCCUCGGCCCCAAGAUUUCCGACUGGGACGAGCAGCGUAGGCGGUGGCUGGCGGAUCAUCCGGAGUUCCCGAGCCGGAUAGCCGGCGGCAAGCCCCGGAUACUCCUAGUGACUGGAUCCCCGCCCAGCCCCUGCGACAAUCCCAUCGGUGACCACUACCUCCUCAAGGGUACCAAGAACAAGAUCGACUACUGCCGGCUCCAUGGGAUCGAGAUCGUCUACAACUUGGUUCAUCUGGACCUGGAGCUCGCCGGUUACUGGGCCAAGCUCCCGCUGAUCCGCGGCCUCUUUCUCUCCCACCCAGAGGUAGAGUGGAUCUGGUGGAUGGACAGCGACGCCCUCUUCACUGACAUGGCCUUCGAGAUCCCGCUGUCCCGCUACGACGCCCACAACCUCGUCAUCCAUGGCUACCCGGACCUCCUCGAGCAGCAAUCCUGGAUCGCCCUCAACACCGGCAGCUUCCUCCUCCGCAAUUGCCAGUGGUCGCUCGACCUCCUCGACACGUGGGCGCCGAUGGGCCCCAAGGGCCCCGUUCGAGAGGAGGCUGGUCGGAUUCUUACUGCCAACCUCAAGGGCCGGCCGGCAUUUGAAGCUGAUGACCAGUCUGCUUUGAUUUACCUCCUUAUCUCGCAGCAGGAUCGCUGGUCGGACAAGGUCUACAUUGAGAAUUCAUACUUCCUCCAUGGAUUCUGGGUUGGACUGGUGGACAAAUAUGAGGAGAUGAUGGACAAGCACCAUCCAGGGCUCGGGGAUGAGAGGUGGCCCUUCGUAACACACUUUGUCGGGUGCAAACCAUGUGGCAGCUAUGGGGAUUACCCUGUUGAGAGGUGCCUCGGCAGUAUGGAGAGAGCCUUCAACUUUGCGGACAACCAGGUGCUUCGUUUAUAUGGAUUUGGACACAGAGGACUGUCGAGCCCCAGAAUCAGGAGGACUAGGAAUCAGACAGCAAGACCAUUGGAAUUCAAGGACCAGCUAAAUCUCCAAGCCAAGGUAUCUAUUGGGUAAGCAAGCAAGGUUGGCCACAAAAUCCGGUCUUGCUGCUGUCUCAGGUCAGCUUCAUGACUUCAGUUGUGUUGUAUGAUGAUCAACUUAACUGGUUAUGUAAUUUCAAACUUCAGGGUGCAACCUUUUUCUUUUUUGGAUAGCAUUGAACUUUUUGGUUGUUAAAUUCAUUUAGGGGAUUCUAAUCAAUGAAACAAGGUGGAGCAAAUGAGGGCAUUCUUUUA